AUGAGUUUCCCAGCCAAAUACCUGGUGACAGGAGCAUCGAGCGGCCUCGGGGGAUCCGUCCUGGCUACGCUGUAUCAAAAUAUCCCAGACCCUUCACAGAUAGCAGCAGCAUCCUCCAGAUUUGAAACAGGUGAAAAGCUCCAGCAGGCUUACCCCGGGAUCCAAUUUAGACAUCUUGACUACAAUGAUUCAAAGUCACUUGUCGAGGCGUUGCAGGGUGUCGAACGCUUCUUCUUCGUCUCCAGCCCUGACGUGAACACCGAGAAAAGAAACAAACAGCAUGAACAAGUAGUUAAGGCUUCUAUAGAGGCAAAAGUUGGCCAUGUGUAUUACUCUAGCCUUGCCUUUGGCGGGUAUGGUUUAGAGUCUAAGGCUUCCGUCCAGCAAGCUCACUUGGUGACAGAGAAGCUCUUAGAAAAUUCUGGGCUAUUUUAUACCUCUGUCCGUGAAGGGGUGUAUAUCGAUGCCUUCCCUGUCUUUGUCUUCUGGUAUCCAAACACAACUACCAUAUACCUAUCUGGCGAUGGUCCUGUUGCCUUUGCUGCUCGAGAAGAACUGGGUGAAGCAACUGCUCAGCUAAUGUUACGGGAUCCCGGGAGCUUGACCUUGGAGAAUAACAUUGCUCUACUCACUGGCUCUCGAACUUACCGGCUUAAGGACGUCAUUGACGCCAUAUCUGACGCUACUGGUAAACGACUGGAAAUCAAGCAUGUGUCAAAGGAGGAAUUUCCUCGCAUAAUGGCUGUGGAAGAUGCCAGAGAUGGAAGAGGGGGAAAAUCGGAAGCUUUCUUCACAAGUUGGCAGAGCCUGGUAGAGUCAAUGGAAAAAGGGGAUGCUGCAACAGUGGACCCUUUAAUGGGUGAGUUACUGGGUAGGGAGCCGCUAGACGCUCUGGAGUAUGUGAAGAAACUGGUGAAGGAUGGAGCUAAUAAGGGAGGAUAUAUAUGGCAUCAGAAUUAUUAA